CCACAUUCCACAGUACCUGAAGACCUGUCUUUGGAGGAGCGAGAUGAGCUGUGCAACAUCCGUCGCAGGAAAAAAGAGCUGCUGGAUGAUAUUGAACGGCUGAAGUUCGAGAUAGCAGAAGUCAUGACGGAAAUUGAGCAGUUAACAUGUGUCGGAGAAAGCAAAACCACACAAAGAAACAAACAGAUCGCCAUGGGGAGGAAGAAGUUCAACAUGGACCCCAAAAAGGGCAUCCAGUUCCUUCUGGAAAACGAUCUAUUGCAAAACACAGCAGAGGACAUCGCACAGUUCCUCUACAAAGGCGAGGGGCUUAAUAAGACUGUCAUUGGGGACUACUUGGGCGAACGGGAUGACUUCAACAUCAAGGUGCUUCAAGCAUUUGUGGAGCUCCAUGAGUUUGCCGACCUCAACCUCGUGCAGGCCUUAAGGCAGUUCCUGUGGAGCUUCAGACUUCCUGGCGAAGCUCAGAAGAUCGAUCGUAUGAUGGAGGCGUUUGCCUCCAGGUACUGUCAGUGCAAUCCUGGCGUCUUCCAGUCCACAGACACCUGCUACGUCCUGUCAUUUGCCAUCAUUAUGCUGAACACCAGCCUGCACAACCCCAACGUACGAGACAAGCCGCCCGUGGAGCGCUUCAUCUCCAUGAACCGAGGCAUCAAUGAGGGUGGGGACCUCCCAGAGGAGCUGCUCAGGAAUCUGUAUGAUAGUAUCAAGAGCGAACCAUUUAAAAUUCCGGAGGACGAUGGGAACGACUUGACGCACACGUUCUUCAACCCGGACAGAGAGGGUUGGCUGCUCAAAUUAGGCGGCAGAGUGAAAACUUGGAAGCGGCGGUGGUUCAUCCUUACCGACAAUUGCCUCUACUACUUUGAAUACACAACAGACAAGGAACCUCGCGGGAUUAUUCCGCUGGAAAAUCUCAGCAUCAGGGAAGUGGACGAACCCAGGAAGCCGAACUGCUUUGAGCUGUACAACCCAAACCACAAGGGUCAGGUGAUCAAAGCCUGUAAAACAGAGGCGGACGGACGUGUGGUGGAGGGCAACCACGUGGUUUACCGGAUAUCUGCGCCUACGUCCGAGGAGAAGGAGGAGUGGAUCAAGUCCAUCAAGGCCAGCAUCAGCAGAGACCCCUUCUAUGACAUGCUCGCCACCAGGAAGAGGCGCGUCGCCAACAAGAAGUGA